CAUCCUGCGCACACCUGAGGCUCGUUUGAGGAAGAGGGCGCGAGGUUAAAAGACAAAGUGAGCUCAGGGUGUCUGUGUGUGUGAGUCCAGCGGGUCAGGGGCCAUAUCACCAUAUAACUCACUUUUCUGCUGGUCAAGUUCUGCUCAGAGGUUCGGAGGCUUUUAUUCUGCGGGUCUCACCUGUAUAAUCUUCACACUCCACCUGUCUGCAGACAUGUUCGAGGUGAGUCCAUUUUUUUCUGACAUUAAUCCUGUUAAACUUUGUUUUCUGACGGAUCUUAUUAGGAGGGGACUUCUGUCAUUGAAGCUUCAAUCUAACUCUUUCAGUUUUUUUUUAAUUUUUUGAUUUUAAUAUUAACUAUGAUUGGGAUGUGGAACAACUUUUUUAAAGCCUUAAUCUGGUUUGGAAAAAUUUCCUCAGUCACUCUAAACUGACAAUUUCAAAACCAAAGGAUUGCAAAACAGGGAGUCCAAUCUUUAUCUUUUCUUCAAAUGCUUUUUUUUUCACCUUUUCGAUUUCUAAUUCAUUUUUUAUUUACAGACAUCUUACAUUUCUCUUGUUUUCUGUAGUUUAAUCACUAAUUUAAUUUUUAUUUUCAUCGCUCUUUUAAAAUGUAUUUUAUUUAUUUAUUUUUUUAAGUUUGUUGGCUCAAGAAACAAAAUUAGCUUAAUUUAGCAGAAAGAAGUGCUCGGCCCAUCAGCAUUUAUUUAAUUUGUUUGUUUUAAUAUUUACCAUGGGAUAUUUUCGUGAAACAAAGUCAAAACAUCAUUUUGAUAGCCUAGGGAUAGUUUUCGCUGCGUUUUUAACCGUCGGUGUUCUGGAUGAUAGAGUUACCCUGUUUAAAUUGUGACAUUCAGCGGAAUCACUCUGUGGCGAACAUGGUUUCGACGGGAUAAAAUAUCCUUGCGAAUAUUCCUCUGUGUGGCUUUUCAGUAAUAUCUAACAUAAAUUUGUUUUAAUUUUAUGUUCCAACCAUAAUAAAAACGAGGGGCUUUGUAUGAGGAGUGGACGUUUCCGAACACUGACUCUCAGACUGAGUCUCGAAUUAACAUGGUCAGCCAUUUUACCGGAACACCAGUGAUAUCAGCUUCUUAGCAGAGAACAGUUGGUUUCAUGAAAAACUAUACCGUCAGAGACCUUUAUCUGUCAAAAUGUCCAAAAAACGCUUUUAUAAGUUAAUGUUACCAUCCCAGUUUCACCUGUAAUGAUAAAACUUCGAGUUGUUUCAAAAAUGUUAGCUGUUUUCCCGUUUACUAGCCAACACCUUGUUUGUGAGGCAAGUUCAUAAAAAAAAUAAAUAAAUUCUUGCGGGUUUAAAUCCUGAAUUUUUUUCCCAUAUUAAGUUCAAAAUUAAAACCCAAAUUCUUAUGUUCAUUUAGAUGUCUCCUAAACAGGCGAGUUUAGAGAGGAAAAACAAAUGAGUAAGGGCUGCAGGAGUCUCACUGUACACUUUGAAUUUAACCUUCAAAAUGUGAAACUUCUGUCAAGUAUAGGAAAUGUAGAGACUAAAGUUAGAGUUGAUUUUUAAAAAAAAAAAACGACAACAAAAAAACCCCCUCAAAGGUCAGUUUGGACAUAAUCUGUUUUGAAGUCUCUGAUGUCAAACAAGCACGCUGCCAUCUGCUGUUGUAAAUUGAAACGGCUCCUUUUUUUAAAAUCUUUUGAUCAAGUUACCUAAAAUAAAAUCCAAGUCAGAGAUUGACGGAUUGUUUCAGACAAGUUUUCCUUCCUCCUGAAGUUCUUGUCAGUGAUGUGAACUUUGGUUCAGACCUGAUUUAGGGCCUGCUGUCCCUCACCAGUUCCUCUAACUGUCUCACUCUGAGAGCAUCUUCACUUAAACACCAUCUGUUUUGUUUUCUAUGCAGACGAGCAGCGAUGACCUGUUUCUGCCCUCCUACCAAGAUGAGGAGCUGGUGGAGAACCUGCUGUCCUCUGAGGAGUCUGAUGGAGAUGUGGGUGGUGGUCUCUCCCUGGCAAAGGCCCUCCUCCCCUUGGUGGAGUCAUCUUCCCCUCCCCUUAUGCCGUGGCUCUUCUCCACCCGCUAUAAGACGGAGCUGUGCACCAGCUACUCUGCCACCGGCUCCUGCAAGUAUGCAGAGCGCUGCCAGUUUGCCCACGGCCUCCACGAGCUCCAUGUGCCUUUCCGCCACCCCAAGUACAAGACAGAGCUGUGCCGCAGCUACCACACCACUGGGUACUGUUACUAUGGCAACCGCUGCCUGUUUGUGCACAGCCCCACAGAGCAGCGCCCCACCCUCCGCCGCCGCAGGAACGUCCCCUGUCGCACCUUCCGCUCCUUCGGAGUGUGUCCGUUUGGAACCCGCUGCAACUUCCUGCACCUGGAGGGCGGCAGCGUGGACUCGGCUGAUGAUGUGGAGGAGAAGACCCCACCUCCUCCCAGCCCUCAGCCCCUCCCACCUCCACAGAGCAAAGAGUGGAAGCCGCGCGGCGCCCUGUGCCGCACCUUCAGCUCCUUCGGCUUCUGCCUGUACGGGACUCGCUGCCGCUUCCAGCAUGGCCUCCCCAGCAAGAUCAAACCCUCUGAGCAGACCCCACCACCGCCAGCAUACCCCAGCAGCUCAGGUUUACCCUCCCCAACCUCUCCCUUCACCUCCACCUCUCCUAACUCCUCCACCUCCUCCUCUCCUCCCUCUACUUCCCCACUCGCCACCCCGCCUGCAGAGGCCGCUGCCCACAACGCCUUCACCUUCUCCAGCCAGCACCUGAGCGACUUGCUGCUGCCGCUCGCCCUGCACCUGCAGCAGCUGGAGAGUAACAAGGCCUCUGAGAUCUGGGACAACCGGGGGCUCUGACCGGAUCAGAGCAGGUCAGGACCACAACCAGCAGCACUGGCACCACCACCAACUCCUGAAGUUAAUUUUUUUUAUUUUAAAUUUUUUGACCCUCUGAGACCUGAGAGGACUUUAAGCUUUUUUUAAGUCGGGGCUGUCUGUCUGCAGCUCUUCAGGACUCCCAACUGUUCAGGUGUGGCUUUAAAGCUCUUCAUGUGGUUCUGGACCGUCUCCUGAGACUCUUUAGGUGUAGCUAUGAGUGUAAUUUAAUUUUUUAACUAUUGUAAAUAUGUUAUUAUUGACCUGAGUAAAUGAAAUGUGUGAGAUUGGGCUCAUGAAUAAACUCAUCUUAAAGCUUAACAUCUCCUUUUUUGGCUGAUUUUUAUUCUUCCUGUCAGGUGAGCAGACUGCAAGAUCAAUAACCAGAAAGAACUAGAGCCGGACCGUGGUGAAAAGACUGAGUGUGACAGACGGGUGUCAGAGGUUACUGCACAGGUUACUUUACUGCAUAGAUAAAAGGGAAAUCCAGACAGUAUAUCUCAAUUCUCUUAAGAGAAACUGGAUGACUCCAGUGUCUUAUUGAGGGAAUCAUUCAAACUACUUGUGACAGAUUUUUGAGGCCAUUUACAAAACUUGAUGACAGUGCAGGGGUUUGGGAUUCUUGUAAAUCUAAACAUGAUGCAGCUGAAAA